GAGUCGGUCCAGAAGAUUCUAAAUUUCGGCUUGCACAGCGAUGCUGCUCGCUGCAGAGAGGAGAAGCUGCGUGCUGGUAACGAGGACAUGGUCAAAGUGCCACCCCUGCUCACUGCAAGCCGCAGGGGGGAUGUGUUUGCCUGUGCCACGUGCACUUCCAGUCAUGUAGAACAGCAGGUUGACACCCCAACACCUACAAUGUGGAACCUGUGGGGAAUUCCUGUUACUGUGUAGUAAAUAGCAAGAACCAAACAAUGGACACUCAGUUAUUUUCCCCACUAUUAGGAGCAGUUCCCAAUUCCCCCCCACCCCUGGAAUCUUCCCGGCUGUGCAGCAACUGGUCGGGAUGUGGGGAGGAGAUGGGCUCCAAAACUGCCUUCCAGGACUGCACAAAGAAAAGGGCACCAAUGAAUCUUUCUUAUUCUGGCAAUGGCCCUGAUAUGUUUGGGCUGGUGUCAAGCAUUUUAGAGGAGCCACCUCCUGGCAGCGUCCUGAGGAGCAGCUACCCUGAAAAUACCUGCUUGCAAAAUGAUAACAACUACAGGGUUCCCCAGGAAGGGUUUUCGUUUCACUUCAAUCAGCACUUGGGCAGCUUCGACCACGGGAGGCUCAGCGGGGACUGCGAAAAAUUCGGCUCCAAUUUUGACCCUUUUCCUUCUCAGAGCAGACUGAAAGAAGGCACUCAUGCUCAGAAGGAGUACUGGAAAAGUGAAAGGGCAAGAGGAAAAGCCCUGAAAAAUUAUGCUCCAGAACAAGCUAAGUGUUCCCCUGACCUUUCCCACCAGCCCUUUGGUAACUCCUGGGAUAAAGUAUCCCAGGACAACCACUGGCUUUCUAAAAGGUAUGAAAGCGUUGCAGCUGCCCACAAACUGCAGUCAGCUCUCCAUCCAUCGCUGUGUUUUUUCAACCAAGCCCCUCAUGAAAAUAAAUUCCCCGGAGAAACAGCCAGAAAACCCCAGGAAACCCACGUGCAGAACGGCCACCGUGGCUUUCCUUUGGGGAGUGCUUUUAGUAGUAAUGAAUGUAAGGUUAAUGUUGGCCCCAAAGAAUUCCCUCCUGAAGUGGCUGAGUGUGAUUUAUCCGUGAAAAACGUUGUGCAGAACGGGAGUUACUCAUCAUUCCAUGGGUGUGCGUGGCUGGAUGGGAAAGGCCUGGCAGCUGGAUUGGAUGUUCCGUGUGGGAAACGGGUCACAAGUCCGCAGUCAUCCUCAGGGGUCUCAACCAUGUCUGGGGGUUCUCCCACCCAUCAGUCCCCUUACUACUCACAGCUCCUACCUGUCCUCCCUCCCAGGAAAGAUGGGAGGUUACAGACAUCAAAUGGUUUUUCUAAUAAUUUGGGGCUUUGUAAUUUCACCUCAGAAAACCAGAAGCAAAUGAAACCCGCUGGGCAAUCCCAGCCGGGUUCCUUGACUAAUAAGGAGGGGCCAUACCAUAAAUUCCCUGUUCAUUCCUCAUCUGACUGGUUAAUGCAGCAGAGGGCUGGAAGUGAAGACCCCGAGAAAUACCACAGGUUUCCAAAAAAGCAGACCCAGGAGAACUGCAAUAAAGAUGAGAGAAGAGGCAGAAGGAGUUGGAUCCCCCAUCUGGGAUGUGCCGCCCCAAACCACCCUCCCUUCAAUAUGUUCCCGAAAAAGCACGAGCAGAACGGUGGCGGCCUGUCAGACUUCAUCAAUCCCUCCUUCCUUCCUUCCUUCCCCUUCGUGUCUGAUUUGAAGCAGAAUCCCAGCCUGCCUCUGCUCAAUCCCCAUCUGCUUCCACCAGCCAAUAACUUGGGUUUUCCCCCGGCGCCGUUUCCCUUCUCAGAACUUGUUGACCUUUUCCACUGCGACGACUUCAACCCCUUGAGCCCCUUCCUCAGCGACCUGUUCUGUGGGGAGGUGGCUGCUCCCUGCUUUGCCUUCCCAACCCCCUGGAACAAGCACAGACCCCCCAGGAACCGCAGUGGACCUGCCAAUGAGCUGCACGUCCGACUGGAGGAGUGUUACGAGCAGUGGAGAGCUCUGGAGAAGGAGAGGAAGAAGACUGAGGCUGACCUUGCGAGACACUUCCCGGGGAAGUGCAUCUCCAGCUGCAGCAACACCCCCACAUCCCGCCUCCCUGCCAACCCCUCGCGGGUGGAUCGUCUGAUUGCUGACCAGUCGCGGGAACACGCCAGGGUGGUGGCGUUGAUAGGAACGAUGGAAAGGCUUCGCGGCGCCCCCGUGCACGGGAACAUCCCCGCGGCCCUGGAGCGCCACGGCGGAGCCGUCCACGGAACGCGGGCCCGGCGGGAGGAGGAGAUUCUGAACGCUGCCAAUCCCCAGAGACAAGGAGUGCCACGCUCCGCUCACGAGAAAGAUGUCCUGGCUCUGGCAGCUGCCAUCGGGGCCCUGGCUGGUGCCACGCGCCGGGCUCGCACCGCGCUCUGGUGCGCGGCACAGAUGACUCUGCCCAAAAACCCUCCUGGUGGGCCAGACAGAACAGAAGCUGCUCAAAGGGCAUUGCAGGAGCUUCCUCCUCCAAGCACACAAGAAGAAAGCAGCGUGGAACAAGAAAAGCCUGAGGAACCCCCUAGGAUCGUUGUGGAAUAACGGGAUAUAAUAGCGGCGACGGAGAGGGAGAGGCUGAGGACGGGGAGGGAAGGGCUCAGGGUCCUGCACAGCACCGUGGAAAGGGGGGUUUUGGUGGGAUGUGAGAAAGCAGAAGGGUUCAUUAAUGUGCCUGGUCAGUGCUGCUGCAGUUCUGUUACUGUGAUUCUGGUGUUGAGAGGCGCCUCUGGUGGCAGUGUUAAUGCAGCUUUUUAACAUUGCUGCUCUUGCAGUAGGAAUCUUGGUGAUAAGAGGAACUAAACAACAGCUGAGCGUUGCCUUGUGUGCU